UCGUACAGGACACGACAUGCGUCGAACUCGUCGAACGUGCCAAACAACGCAUGCAGUUGCCCUGGUGCUAUACCGUACGGAUUCGCGUCCCAAGCACUGCCCCUACCCCAGACUCGUGACAUAGCACUCGGUACCACCAUUGCCUUUGGCCUAGCUCCGUCAAAAGCCGCGAAAGACAGAGUGACGAGAUACCGGGAAGAACAGAACCGACCGGCGUUCGAUUUCGACCGAGCAACCGAAUUGCACCGACGUGCUGCGUCGCGAAUCGAAUCGAACCGAGUCCAUCGAUUCCAAUCCAAUUCAAUUCAUUCCGAUUCAAUUCAUUCCAAUUGCUUCCGAUGAAACCGAAUCGAAUCCGAUCGGGCUUCCUCCUCGCCGCCGCGAUUUCGGGGCUCCGGACGGCGGAAGGAAGGGGUGGCACCGCUGCGGCGAUUCCGGAGGUCCUCGCGUCGUCGUCUCCCGGUGGGACGCUGUACUCGUGCUUCCUUGCGACCGACCCCGGCGGCCCCCCGGAGCGGGAAGCGUGCUGCGGGGCCAUUGCAGGGGCCCGGGAUCCGGGGGGAGGCCCCUCCGACCACGCCCGCUGCCUGGCGGAGAUGGCGGAGGUUCCGUCCGGUGUUUCGUUGGGUGGGGAUCCCGGGGACACGGCGCGAUACGCCUGGGCGGUGCCCGGGGACGGAUCCGGAUCGGCGGAGCAGCGCCUCGGGCGAGAGACCGUCCGAACGAUCUCGCCCUACCACAAAACGGCCGUUCCGGUUCCGGGGAUAGAAACGGGGCUGGUGGUGUCUCGCCUCGGGGCGGAGGGAGGGAUGCACCGGCUCUUCCACCACGAGAUAACGCUGCCGGGGACUCCCGCGGGGGAUUCCGGCGCCAACCCACGAUACUAUUUGUACGUGACGGUCCCUUCGGGAAUGUUCAUCGACCUGGACGAUCCCUUUGAGGCCCCCCAAGGGGGAAGGAUCGAGCCGGCGGCGGCGGCCCCCGGUGGCGAUGCCUCGCGGGACGCCGGCUUCGAGGCCACCUGCACCACGGGGCCUUCUGCCGGCACGGAAACCGGCCCCGCGGUGUCCUUCCGGGCCAGGCUGCACGCGGCGGCGGUCUGCGACAUCGAGCAGCCCUCCUUUGCGAGCGGCCAGCACCUGCUGGUGUGGGAGCUGGAGGUUCUCGGCGCAAGCAAGCCGGGAGCAACGGAACGCAUCGGUUUUGCCACCAAGCUGCACCUGCGGUACCCGCGGCCCUCGCCGGACGGCGAGCGGUGGAUCGACCUGCCCGCGCCGGUCCUGGUCGACCCCGUGGGCGGCGGCCGGAUCGCCGGCUGGGAGGACCCCGUCCGGGUGGCGGCGGGGAGGGACGGGGACCACGACUGGAUCGUGGCCGCGACGGUCGGCGCCUGCCUGGUCGGCGUGGCCGCGAUGGUCCGGGACAUCUCGGGGGUCUCCCUGUGGGACGAUGCGUAGCGCAGUGCAGCGAGGGAGACGGGAGGCUUGUCUUGGCUCGUGCGCGAUGGCGAGGGGCCGCGUUCGAUCCGCGGACUUUUGGGUGGGAGAGGAGGAACCCUCGUGGGCGGAACGGACGGACGGCGGAGAGAUCGCGCGUGCGAAGGCCCGCGUUCUGCCGGGCAAGGAAAGCCGCGACCGCGGUCCGGAACGGUCCGGGAGUGGUUUCUCCUCCUCGGGACGGCGCAUAGGAACGGUCGGGUGGUUGUCCUUCGAACGUACCUCCCAUCCAUCGUUCCGCAGCGACGAGUCAAUCCUUUUGGGAGCAACGCCAAGAGGCUGCGGGCCGUGGUUCGUCUCUCUCGUCCCGCACGGCGGUGCUUCGUGGUCGGUUUUGCCAACCGGGGUUUGUGAAUCAGGAUCCGCGGGCUGGCAACGUCCUUCGUUUUCGUGCCGUGCGGUUGUCCGAAAGGAGCUAGCGCAUCGGGGUACUGUACCGAACUAGCACGGCAGCAAGCACCGGUGCGAAGCGAAACCGAAGCGACCGUCCGCACGGUGGGGCAGCGCAGGCCACCGUGCGGCACCCCUAGGUGCGCGGAACAGCUUUUUGGGUGCCACAGCCGAAGCUACCAAAAUGAUUCGCAAGGGAACGUACGGUACUUUCGGCCAAAGCUAGUAAAAUUAUUACGGUAAC